GGGAGAGGAGGCUGAACCCACUUGUGCAAUCAUUGAGCAAUCUUCUUUCCUCUCUCUCUCUCUCUUGUGAAAUCCACGGCUCCUUCUCUGUAUAACAGUGUAGCCGUCUGUGGUGCCUCGCUGUUUGGUGGUUCAGAGCAGAAGGUUAACAUGCACAUGAUAACGAGAAGCUGCGUCCUACUGCUGUGGUCGCAGUUAUUGACUUCUGUAACAUGCCAAGACUGUACACGUGAACAGUUUCUUAACAGCCGUCACUUUGAUUCAAAUUUUGACAUAAGUGGUUUGGAUGCCACUUACAGCGGAGGAAAACAAGUGAGAGUUCCCUGCAGUGUUGGCUACACUGGCUUUUUCAAGCUGAUCUGUACUGAGGGGAACUGGGAGCCUUCUGGCAGAAAAUGUGAACCGAAAUCCUGCGGACAUCCCGGAGAUGCACAAUUUGCAGAUUUCCGACUUGUGGUCGGAGAUGAUUAUGUGUUUGGAUCUCAGAUUGUUUACGAGUGCAACCCAGGUUAUCACAUGGUCAGUCGGUCAAGCCGCAGGCGCUGCUUGGCAGAUGGCUGGGAUGGGACCAUCGCAGUGUGUGAAGCCACGAAAUGUCCAGUCGUUCAUGCAGACAAUAAUGUACAGAUUUUAGGGGAUGCGGAAGAAGCCACUACUGGAAAUGUUGUUCGGUUUAGCUGCAAGUCACGUGCUGAAGUCUUGUAUGGGUCACAAGAGAUUUAUUGCAAGGAUGAUGGAGAGUGGAGUGGCCCGGCUCCGAAAUGCAAAGCAAUAAGAUGCUCCGUCCCUCAGAUUGAACAUGGCCGUGUGGUUGGUACCGCUCAGGAGUACCAAGAAAAUGAAAUCUUAGAUUUUAGAUGUGAUCCAAGAUAUAAACGGGCUGAUGAGAGAACUCCAAGAUGCACAAAAUUUGCAGGAAAAGCCGACUGGAGUCCCACACCUGCAUGUAAACCAAUUAAAUGUGAACUGACUCUGGCAUCAAUCCCUGGGACGACCUACGACCCUCCAUACAAAAACAUGUUUUCACCUGAAGAAACGGUGAGAGUCACAUGUGGGGAGAAACACUGGAUUCUGGACAUGCAAACAACGGUGGCUGAUGUUACUUGUGGAAUCCGUGGAGACUGGAAUACGAAUCCGAUAUGCCAAGAGGUUACAUGCCCACGAUACAUACAAGAAUCAUAUUUGUAUCGUUCUGUUAAUGCUUGGGGCAGAAAUAAAAUAGGGGACAGAGUAUGGUAUGACUGUGCCUACAACUACGAUGCUGUAAAUUCAGACAAUAUGGCGACGUGCACCAGAGAGGGAUGGACACCGAAACCACUUUGUCGUGGGAGACAGUGUGAAAACCCUAACAUUGAAAACUCCAGAAUUACCAGAGGUAGAAAAAGCACUUACUACAACGGUGACCGACUCACAUACCAAUGUGUGGGAGGGAAUCAGGAAUCUGUUACUAUCACCUGUGAACGAGGAGCCUGGGUAGGGAUAAAACCAUGUGCAGUGAACACUUGUGAAAUUGGUGGACUGGAUCCUAAUCUGUAUGUAUCUGGACUAACACCAACUGGUGGAACGAUGAAACCUGGACACAAGCUGCGUUUUCUCUGUGGUCCUGGUCAUCAGCUGGACGGCUCACAGGAAAUUCAAUGUUUACCAACCGGCCAAUGGAAUGCUUCCUUCCCAUCAUGCCCUGAGAAAUGCAGAAUACCAAACAUACCAGAAAAUGUUCGCAUCACUUCAUCUGUACAAGACAAUGUUAUAAGUAAAGGAGAUACAUUGUCAUUUGCCUGUCGUCAACCUGAGCUCAUCAUGCAAGGGAGUUCAACAAGUCGUUGUUUGGGAAAUGGAGAGUGGAGCACGCCCGUACCUCAGUGUUCAGCUGUUAUGCAUUGUUCAGCACCACCACCUCUUGAAAAUGGAGACACCAAGUCAAUAAUCAGCUCAGAUGCAGUUUUUCAAACUCGUGAAAAAGUUGAAUAUGUCUGUWAUAAUAAGUACAYWAUGCAGGGAGACCCAUUUCAAACCUGYGACAAAGGCGUAUGGAAAGGAAACAUGAGAUGCCUGAAACCCUGCACUGUGAACGAAGAAGUAUUGAGUAGCCAUGGUCUUCAGUUUAGAUAUKKUGRCGAAACWAAGWUSUAUGYCCCACAUSRRGAUYACAUUACAUUUGCUUGUGAAAGGGGUAAAAGACRUGUUGGCRCUGUGCCGWUGCGUGUUCAGUGUAAUGAUGGUCAGAUGCCCCUGCCCACCUGCCAGUAA